UGCUGUCCCGUUUGGACCAUCUCGUUAAUUCUUCUCGCCUCGGUCUUUAAAUCCAUCCACCACUCAUCUCUCUUUGUACUCAACAACUCCUCUCGCCGUAGAUCCAACCUCUCAACUCGAAAAGAGAGAGGGAGAGAGAGAGAGAGACAGAGAGAGAAAUGGAACAAGAACAAGAGCAGCAGCUGGCCAGAUGGGAUGGCUAUGUGGACUGGAAGAAGAGGCCUGCGCUCAGAGGCCGUCAUGGGGGCAUGCUCGCCGCCUCCUUCGUAUUGGUUGUGGAGAUAUUGGAAAACCUGGCAUAUCUGGCAAAUGCAAGCAACUUGGUGAUGUAUCUAUCAGAGUACAUGCACUUAUCUCCAUCUAGAUCGGCUAAUAAUGUCACGAAUUUCAUGGGAACUGCUUUUCUUUUAGCUCUUCUUGGUGGUUUUCUAUCAGAUGCUUUUUUCACAACUUAUCUCAUCUACCUGAUAAGUGCAGCCAUCGAAUUUCUGGGGUUGGUGAUACUCACCGUGCAAGCUCGCUCUCCUUCGCUGAAACCACCAGCAUGCAACCCAGCCAACCCCAACUUACCAUGCGAAGAAGUGGAUGGUGCAAAGGCUGCAAUGCUGUUUUUGGGGCUGUAUCUGGUGGCGCUUGGCGUUGGAGGGAUAAAGGGGUCGCUCCCAGCUCAUGGGGCAGAGCAAUUUGACGAGAGCACGCCACAAGGAAGGAAGCAUAGAUCAACCUUCUUUAACUACUUUGUCUUCUGUCUUUCAUGUGGAGGCCUAAUUGCUGUCACUUUUGUUGUGUGGAUUGAAGACAAUAAAGGGUGGGAGUGGGGUUUUGGAAUCUCAACAAUUGCGAUAUUCUUGUCUAUCCCUAUCUUUCUCGCUGGCUCAGCCAUUUACAGGAAUAAGAUACCAUCUGGAAGUCCCUUCACAACUAUUUUCAAGGUUUUGAUUGCUGCUGCUAUUAACGCUUCCACAAGCAGCACUCCAAGCAAUGCCGUAGCGAACCUUAACGCUAGCCCUUUCAAUGUAACCCAAGCCGACCAGGAUUCAAAACAAAAUUCCAAAGAAAUGGCACCCACUGAUGAAACUGCUACAAAAAGCUUCAGCUGUCUUAACAGAGCAGUGGUGAAGACACCAGUCCACUCAGCACUAGCGUGCACAGUACAGGAAGUCGAGGAAGUUAAGGUUGUGAUAAAGAUUUUACCUAUAUUUGCUUGCACCAUCAUGCUUAAUUGCUGCCUUGCUCAGCUCUCCACAUUUUCUGUACAACAAGCUGCCACCAUGAACACAAGGCUUGGUUCCUUGAAGAUACCCCCAGCUUCCCUUCCCAUUUUUCCUUUGGUCUUUAUCAUGAUCUUAGCACCAAUUUACGACCAUUUCAUUAUCCCAUUCGCCAGGAAAGUGACUAAAUCCGAAAUGGGCAUCUCUCAUCUGCAAAGAAUAGGCAUUGGUUUAGUUCUUUCUAUAGUAGCAAUGGGAGUGGCAGCUGUCGUUGAAAUCAAGCGGAAGAGAGUUGCCACAAAUUCAGGACUACUAGACUCGACUGACCCAUUGCCCAUCACAUUCUUCUGGAUUGCUUUCCAGUACUUAUUCUUGGGAUCAGCAGAUCUUUUCACAUUGGCUGGGCUGUUGGAAUUUUUCUUUACGGAGGCACCCACAGGCAUGAAAUCCUUAGCAACAUCUCUUUCUUGGGCAUCCUUGGCCAUGGGGUACUACCUGAGUUCAGUAAUCGUCUCAUUAGUAAACAAUGUCACAGAUAACUCCACACACAGACCAUGGCUCUCAGGCAACAACAUAAAUCACUAUCACCUGGAACGAUUCUACUGGCUGAUGUGCGUGCUAAGCGCUGUGAAUUUCUUGCAUUACCUUUUCUGGGCCAACUGGUACAAAUAUAGAUCAACAAGAGGUAACUAGCAAAAUCAAAAUUCGAUGUAGCAGAGCGCCCUGUGUAUAGCAGAUGAAAUGGUUACGCUAAGCAAUCCCUUUGCUGUAUAUAAGAUGAACUGCUGGAUCUUGCUUGCCGGCCAGUACAAGGGAGGGAUAUUCAGAUACUAAGGCAGAGCCAGUUUCAGAGAAAGGGUCUAGAGUAAUUUUACCCUUUAAUCACUGUUUCUCAUGUAAUAGCGAGGAAGCAGCUAGUUCAUUUUGUUAAGGAAAAUUGAUCAAGUGAUUAUCGUCUA